GGGAACACUUCCGGUAGCGUUUCCUGUCAGUGUUUGUAAACUGAAAAGAAAAAUUGGAAGUGCGUCAACUAAUAAUCCGCAAAACUGUAAACAAUUAAAAGGCUUUGGCCUCCGUGAUUUGGGUGCGUGUGGUCUCUUCUGACUGAGGUCAGCUGUGCCUCACCCCCCCCCCCCCCCACACACACACACACAAAAAUUCAAAAGCACGGCGAUGACACACCGUUCAAACAACUCUGUUGGAGAGCAUGCGAAAUGGGCUGGCUCGCCGGGCUACGAGGAGGUGCUGUCCGGCAUGGCCCUGAUGCAAGCCAACAACAUUGCGGCUCAAAAGAAGAUGAUGUCCUCCCUGGGUCACGGGCACCGGGGUGCUUCGGAGGGCCACCAAAGCCACCCGCACCACGGCCACAGCCACCACGGACACCAAGGGCACCACGCGCAAGCCAACAGCCACGUGGGCCAUCUGUCGACUGGGAGCUGCCCACCCCUGCUGAUCCAAAAGGAUGGCGAUUACCACACUUCCAGAAUAUUGGACGGCAAGAACACACACGGCGGCCAGAGCGGCCACGUCAAGAAAAAGCACAAAAAAUCGGUCCGGGUCAAGGAGGAAGCGCGGCCUUUAUUGCAGCAGCUGGACAUGGAUGACGACAGCGCUCUCAAAGUCCAGAAGAACUUCAUCUGCGACCACUGCUACGGAGCUUUCCGGAGCAGCUACCACCUCAAGCGGCACAUACUGACGCAUACGGGGGAAAAGCCGUACGCUUGCGACAGCUGCGAGAUGCGCUUCAUCCAGCGCUACCACCUGGACCGCCACAAGAGGGUGCACAGCGGCGAGAAGCCCUACCAGUGCGAUCGCUGCAAUCAGACCUUCUCCCGGACAGACCGGCUGCUGAGGCACCGGCGCCUGUGCGUGGCCGGCAUGGCCAAAGACGACGGCCAGUGUUGCGACGGGCGCUCGUCGGCGUACUCGCAGGGCACGUCCGGCGGCCACACGGCGUCCUGGAGCCCCUUACAGCCUUCCGGCGGCCGCCUGACCGCCUGACCCCGCAAGGACCCAACGGACAGCUGGCCACGCUGCUGAAGCGAAAGCUGAACGCGGGCGGCUUAGACGACACACCUAGCUAGCUAGCUAAGAGAACCAGAUCAAGUUAGUUCCGUCACGGAUUUUGAUACCUUUUUAAUCUCCUUCCCUGUGUUGUCGAGAUCAGAGGAGAACGAGCGAUUCUCUUCCCAACACGGCAGUGGCAAUAAGUGGAUGAUACUCUGGCGCUUGAUCACACUAAAGACUGGAGUAGCGCCAGCCGGCAGCCAGCCGCCAUUGUGGACAGCGUCUCGGCCGCAUCUUUGAGAAUCCCGCCGAGCCCAGAAACCAAGCCCAGGACCUUCGGACGGUGUCCGUCGCACAAGACUCUGUCAGCUUCCGUUGGUCAAAUCAGGUUGCUUUGGUCUCGCACUUGAAAAUCAAUCAACAUUGAAAAAUGUUCAACCCGUGAAAGCCGAAGCAUUUCAACGUGGCGAAACAAAAGCUCAUAUCCGAUCCAAAUAUGCAUUUAGUCCUCCGCUGCGGGUUCACCUUUGUAUUUAGCGUUUUCUUUUUUUUUUUUAUGAAAUCAUCCCAUCUAGUUCAGGUUGUUGAUCUGUUGGUCUUGUUUUUGGAUGAACGCUCCGGCUCAUUAGUCCAUCCAUCUUGUGGGAUGUGGCCCAGGACGCGCUCGCUCGCCUUUGGCUCAACAAGAUUGAAUGUGAAGACAACCGUGCCAUGUCCUCUCAUCUCUAGUUUGAAACACUUGAGCAUCUUCUGUGAAGAUGAUGUCUAAGUGCUGCUUUUUUUUUUUUUAAUUUUGAACUCCACGAGCUCAUCCCCUGUAGAAGCGUGUGUCCGUCCGGUUCAAUCUCCAAACACCAAGAUGUGUUGAAAAAAGGCUUUUGCUUUUCCAGUUAAUUUUUUGGGGAGUUGCGUUGCUAUUUUUGGAUUACGCAAAAGGAGAUGGGGGACCAUCAAUGACACUGACCUCUGCUCAGUAAGUUAAUAUAAGUAUUUAAAUUGUAUUCAAAAUGUGGGACCUAACCCCCCACCCCCUCCCCCCCAAAAAAGAAAUCUCCAUAUUUAGAAAGUUUGAAGCCUUGUCUGAUUGCCUGUGUGAUCGGAAGGUGGAGCAACUUUUCAUUUGGAAACAUCUUUUUUUUUUUUUUUGUCUGCAUUUAUACAAAUGUAGAGACCCCGCCACGAUUCAGUGUUUCAUUGUUAGGCAUUAGGGUAAAAUGAUGUACAUUUUCUAGCUACAUUUUACACUGCUUUGUUUGUGGAGUUUUAGGGCCCUAAGUCUCAAUAAAACGAUCCAUUUUUUAAAAA